AUGGCCUCAGAAGGUGUUCCUGUUGAUCUUUACAUCUAUGACUUAACAAAUGGCCUGGCAUCGGUAUUGUCUCCCAGCAUAUUAGGGCACAAAGUGGAAGGAGUCUGGCAUACCGCAAUAGUAGUCUAUGAUCGAGAGUAUUUCUACGGUGGUUCAGGCAUCGCUAGUUUUGCACCGGGGAGCACUCAGUUAGGAGCACCACACCAAGUGGAAAGGCUCGGGCACACAUGUGUGCCGUUUCAAUUAUUUAACGAGUACAUAGAGGGGUUAGCUACAUCAACAUACGCGGGUUCCGCAUACCACCUCUUUGAGCACAACUGUAAUCAUUUCUCAGACGAAGUAGCACAAUUUCUAUGCGGUGCACAUGUGCCUAAACAUAUUUUAUCGCAAGCUGAAAGAGACCUACCGGCGCCUCUUAGAAUGGCGUUGUCAUCGCUACUGGGGCAACUUGUACCGGAUGGAACACAGGCCGUUUACGCAAAUGGAGUACGCCACAGCCGACAAGAUAGCCCCGACUACCUUACGCUCAAUAACCAAAUAGAGGAAGCUAGGAUAGUCUCGCAAGAAUUAGACGCGAAGAGAAGUACAAUAGCGGAAAAGUUGGCUCGGAAAGAGAGGAAAAAGGAGAAGAAGCGAAAGAAGCUACGCGAACAGGGUGGAACUGGCGAUGAUACAGAGGAAAUGGCAGAAGCUAUGGAAGCCGUGGAAGCCAGAGAGCCUGUGUCUCUCGCAGGGCCAAGCUCUCGCGACCUUGACGUUGAGGCUGAAGAGCGUCGCGCAGAAGAGGAGCGCAAGAGAGCGAGAGACCCUCCAGUUGUCUAUAGAGACAUUGAUGGUGCGCAAGAGUUUGAAGUUUUCUCAAAAACUUUGGAAGGCGUGGAGCUAUCACCUGAAGAGAAACAGAGUCUUGACGAGUUACAACAAUAUUUAGUGCAAGGGGAAGGAAGUUGGGUGCUUGGCGAUGAUUUCCUUAGUUUCAUUGGUCGUGUGCUCUCCGAUCUAAGUAUAAAGAGCGAGGCUCGUUGCGCUGCUCUGCGUUGCCUUGCCGCGAGUGCCUUACGCGACGACGUAUCUCUGGUGCUGCAUCAGGAUAGGCGUCAACACGCUCUACUUGGCUACGCGCAUUCUAUAGACUUGUUGCCGGUUGAGGAACAGCGGGCUCUUGGACUAUUCGUGUGUAAUCUGUUCGAGAACACGUCAUCAUCAGAAUGGUUGCUUUACAUCAGCGAAUGGGAGUACCGUGGACACGCGCUAUCCAAUAUAAGGGUUACCACAAAGGUCUGCGUCCAGUGCAUGUUGAGCGAGCAAACAGAUCUACGCGAAUACGGUACAGCGCUGCUCUACAACAUCGCCAGCAAGGAGGUAAAAACCGUGGUGUUCGACGAGGUAUGCGUUGAGCUGGCGAUGGCUGCCCUACAAUUGACGCAGUAUGAACCGGAAGAGGAACAUCUAUGGCGUACUCUGAACGCGUUGGCUCGUCUCGCGCAACAUUCGUCUGAAGUACCACAGCUAAUUGCCAUCGUCGGACCAGAUCCUAGUGCAUACAGGGGCAGAAGUUCGCGCGUAGAUGAACAAAUAGAUAUAAUCAUGAAGAAAGUUAAGUGA